AUGCACUCCAUGGAGGAGGGGGGCGGCGGCGGAGAUGAAGGGACCAGGGCCGACGGCCCAGUUGAAGGUGAAGAAGGUGAAGAGGAGGAGGCCAGUUCGGGGCAAAGGGACACAAAAGAUGAAGUCACAGGGGAGCCAGUGGAAAGUGGAAACAACGCUGAAGUGCUGAAUGCUGGGGAUAAAGAAGAAGGAGAAGAAGGCAAAGAAAAAGAAGAAGAGGAAAAGGACAAAGCUUUUGAGGACACCAGUAAUACUGAUGAUACUGAUGAUGAUGACUUCGUUGCUGAAGAUGAUGAGGAGGAGGAGGAGGAUGAUGAUGAUUGUUGA